ACCAGGGACUGCGGACACGGUAGAGGGGAUGACCAGAGACUGCGGACACGCUACGGGGGAUGACCAGAGACUGCGGACACGGUACGGGGGAUGACCAGAGACUGCGGACACGGUACGGGGGAUGACCAGAGACUGCGGACACGUACAGGGGAUGACCAGAGACUGCAGACACAGUACAGGGGAUGUCCAGAGACUGCAGACACAGUACAGGGGAUGUCCAGAGACUGCAGACACAGUACAAGGGAUGACCAGAGACUGCGGACACAGUACAAGGGAUGACCAGAGACUGCGGACACAGUACAGAAGAUGAUCAGAGACUGCGGACACAGUACAGGAGAUGACCAGAG